CGUGCCCUCAUUGGCCACGCCUUUUUCAAAAUGGAGUUGUCGGAGUCGGUACAGAGAGGAUUGCGGUCCCUCGCUGAGCCGUCUAGCGUGGACCACGUCGGCUUCCCAGUGCUGGUGGACGUCUCCUUCCGUUCCCUGCUCUCCUCCAACCGGGACCCGGACGUGCUGGAUGAGCCCGAACUGAAACAGGUCGACCCGGUCCUGCUGAAGAGGAUCCACGCUGCAGCCGCCACCUUCAUCCUGGAGGUGGUCAGGCAAAACGCCGACAAGUCCGCCAUCAGCUCCUGUCUAGAGGACCUGUCAUUCAGUGCAGACAGAAUAGAGGUCUUCCACAACUGCUAUCAGAAGAACAAAAAGGAGAUAGAAGGUUUGCUGGCGAGCAUUGGAAGACAACCGGCUCAAAUAACUGACGUGUCAUGGCGCCUCCAGUAUCACGUAAAGAACGCACAUGUGGAUAAGGUCAACGAGCCUUUCUACUUAAUAUCACUCAAUACUGAGAACAAAGGUGUUCCUGCUGAGGACGUCACUUUCACCUGCAAUAUGGAACAGUUACAGGACAUGCUUAGCAAGCUGAAAGAUGCUGCAAAGAGUGCAGAGAAAGCCAGUCAGAUGCGGUCACGUGACCGAAGUGGGCGCGUCCACGUACAAGCCAUUUUGGGGACGGUGUCAGUUUCCGCGGAGCGCGCGCGCGCACGCAUACUCGCGCACACCACUACCGCCGCCGCCGCUGCUGCUGCGUUUCCACUCAAGAGGAGGAGGGGGGCUAAGUCGGCUAUUUUGGAGGCAAACUUGCGGUCACCGAGUGUGGACCGAACCCGAACUUACGCCGGAGGACUCUGCCGGUGCUCCGCUCGCAAAGUCCCAGGGUCGCUAGCGGAGGGCAGCCGUCUGCAGCCUGCUUCAAGAUGGCGGCUCGGCUCCGAUUCAUUCGCUGCUGAUCGCCUCCCAACUUUCAUUGUCUGUCCGCCGCCCUCUCCUGCAGCACGACACCUCCAAUCCCGGCGCACAGGAGGCGGGUUAUUAUUUUUCUUGCACAAAAUGGCAGCCGCGCUGUCGGCGUUAUUCGUCCUGCUCGCACUAAAACAUGACAUUGUUUUUCAUAUUUAUGACACCCAGCAGCUUUGUUGUGCUCUCCUCCUUUCUGUCAUCAUGCAUCGGACGACCAGGAUCAAGAUCACCGAGCUCAACCCCCACCUCAUGUGCGUCCUGUGCGGGGGUUACUUCAUCGACGCGACCACCAUCAUCGAGUGUCUGCACUCAUUUUGCAAAAUGUGCAUCGUACGCUACCUGGAAGCCAGCAAAUAUUGUCCCAUCUGUGACGUGCAAGUGCACAAAACCAAGCCUUUGCUCAACAUCAGGUCUGACAAAACUCUCCAGGACAUUGUCUACAAGCUGGUCCCAGACCUCUUCAAAAAUGAAAUGAAGAGAAGAAGAGACUUUUAUGCUGAGCAUCCCGUAGAAGCUUCCAACGGCUCCAAUGAAGAUCGUGGAGAAGUAGCAGACGAGGAAAAGAGAAUAAUCACAGAUGAUGAAAUCAUCAGCCUGUCUAUUGAGUUCUUUGAUCAGAGCACCCACAGACUCACAGGUUGUCUUGAAGACAAGCAUCCUAAAGAUCAGGUGGCAAACAAAAGGUACCUGCAGUGUCCAGCAGCAAUGACCAUCAUGCAUCUGAGGAAGUUCCUUCGCAGCAAAAUGGACAUCCCUAACACUCACCAGGUAGAAGUCAUGUAUGAAGAUGAACCCCUGAAAGAUUACUACACAUUAAUGGACAUUGCGUACAUCUACACAUGGAGACGGACCGGCCCGCUGCCACUGCACUACCGCGUGCGGCCCAACUGUAAGAAGAUGAGGGUGAGCCACGUGCAGCCGGAAGUAGCCAACCGCUCCGCACCGGAAAGCGACUCAUCCAGCGACAAAGCCGGAAGUCCCGCGGGGGCGCCGUCUACGUCCUCCUCCAUGCCGAGCCCGGGCACCCCAGCGCCGUCCCCGCUCCCUCGGCCCCCGCACAAGCCGACCAACAACGUCAACGGAAUCCCGACUUCGACUGCGAGUCGGCCCUUCACGCAGCUGAGCGGCAAGCCGAGGAAAGUGUCUUUGAACGGAACAUCCACGACGUCAGGAUGACAGCCAACAAGCUAACACUCACUUCCACUGUAUAGUCUUUCUACUCCUUCCAUUUCCGUACAGCAUUUCAAAAUAAAAAGGCAAAAGAGGUAUUAUGAAAGAGCGUUAGGGGAAACGAAAGCAUUUACUCUCAUUGAAUUAUUAUUUACAGAAGUAGUUUAUUUUAUUCAACCCUGUCGCCCAAGUGAACCGUGUUUUUGUCAGUUAUUCCUCGCGUGUUUGAAUAUUUUAACGCAUGCUCAUGGCCACGACAGUUAUGUUCUGCUGGGUUGUUUUUUUAAAAAGACAAUGUAAAAAAACGUUUUUAGACACCACAUGUACAUACAAAAUACAGUAAUUGCUAUUUAAUCAGCGGUGAUGCUUCCGGUUUUGCUACGUUUCAAGCUCAGUGACGUCACUUCUCCCGUUUAUUCGUUUAUCUGCUCGACUGUAUGGACAACUUAUUGUAUUGUUACUGUUGCACAGUAUAAAACUAAAUAAAAAAAAUACACUCAA